AGAGAGGAGGGUGUACGCCGGCUGUGCUCACGGGCAGUCCACUAGCAUCUCGACCCUCCCCAGAUAGCAGAUAGAUUUAUAUCAAUCAAUCUCAUUCUCUCGUCUCUAUAUUUUUUUGACGUCAUGCUCUGUGUUUCUCGCCAAAGACUUCAUGACCCGAUUAUCAUGAAUACCUGAAGGCGAAUAUAUAUGCUCGAGAAAGAGAGAGAGAGAGAGAGAGAGAGAGGGAAGGAGGAGAGACAUGCGAUAUAAUCCCAGAUAUCCGGUCGCAUUAUCUGUCCCAAAGUAACCACAAAACCAUGAAUGAAGGAUGUUCUGAAAUAUAAGAAAGAGACAGAACUUACAAUCGCUGUCAUAAGAAGAUAUUUAAAAUCAGGAUUUAUAGUACUAUGUGACUAAGGCCAUCGUUGUAUGACAGGUGGACAGUUUCGGGGAAAUGUGUCAAUGAUAUGACAGACAGCAAAGGAACUGCCCAGGCCGGUAGAUAGUUUUGAUAACAAGACACACCAAAAGGGUAGUAACCAUGACUGCCCUCCCGACAUACGCUUCGUCUGCCUCCCUGCCGUGCCCUUCCUCCGUUUUCAUGGGCGCCUCCCCCUUCAGGCGUCACCACAAGCUCCUGGUCUACCUUGUGAUAGCCCUUCCGUGGAUGACCGCAGGUACAAAUGGGGUCCAAGUACACAGCGUGUUGGUGCCACAGCCUGGGAUCUCCGGCAGGGACGCCCAGCUGGAGUGCCGGUGGGCAGCUGGCACCAAGGGUUUCUACUCCGUCAGGUGGUAUAAAGACGGCGAGCAGUUCUACAGCUACAUCCCGCAAAAUCAGCCUGAGAAAGUGGACCAUAAUCUGCCCGGCGUCAGUGUGUUCCUGUCGACCUCGGACGAGAACGUGGUGACCUUGAGGAAGAUCGACCUAUCUUCGGAGGGAACUUAUCGCUGCGAGGUCAUGAGCGAGGCGCCUACCUUCGAGACGUCCUUCGGGUCAGCCAACCUCACCGUCGUGCACAUGCCACAGAAUCCCCAAAUAACGGGGCUACAGAUUAAGUAUACUGAAGGGGAUACACUGCGAAUCAACUGCACAGUGAGAGACUCUCGCCCUCCUGCCGUUAUCUCCUUUCGAGUCAACGGGAGAGAAAUGCAUCCGGAUUCAGGUCGAGUGAUAGAACUGCCUACGAGCGGGGGAGGCGAUGACCCUUAUGCCCUCUACAGCACGAGCAGUCAGCUGAUCUUGCCCUUGGGGAAGAACCACCUCAACGGCAUCACGGUCGAGUGCGAGGGGAAGGUCCUCAACCUCGCCGUCAAGAAAUCCGUCUUUGCUGCUGUGGUUCAACAGAGUUCGACCUUCUCCUUUUUUAACGCUGGCGCCCCACGUUUUGACCCGCCAACUCUGGUUCUGGUCAUUGUCUCCGCUGCUCUCACACACCUGCUGAACACCUGAUGAAGCCGCUGGUCACCUGUGAUUACCGGCGGCCUGUUGGAAUGAAGAGGAAGGGAAGAGACAAAUAAAGAAGAAGGAGAAUUGGAAAGAAAAGAGAGGGAGAAGAAACUAGGGAGGGGGGAGG